AUGCACCUUACGCGCUGGUUUGCCUUGCUCCAUGGAUUGGAAAUUCGGUCGACCCUGAACUAUGCCUCCCUAGAGCUGGAGCAGUACCUUGAGGAUUCCACCUGUGACUGCGGUGGUCCAUGGGCAAAUUUCCGAAAGCUCUUCAAUUUCACUCUGGCGCACUCACCGUUGGGCUCGGGCCCUUUUGGCAUCAGUUCGCAGCCUUUGGAGGUGCUAUGCUACAAGACGGCAUUGCCAUUGGUAAGAUCAGUGCUUCACCACAUCAUACGCGAAGAUGGGGCUUUGAAGUUUGAGAACUUGGGCGCAAUGACCAGCUCGAAGUACAUGGACUUCGGGGAUUAUUGGUGUCCCUCGGGCCUUGUGUCAGCAUUGAGCCUUUGUGCAGCGGUGCACGCUGAUUUGGCCAGAGAACGAGAGAUGGAUCAGUUGAGGCCGGGAGUGAUGCCACAAAUGGAUCCUGGAGAGACAGAAGGACCUGGAGCCAUCAACUGGGGCAAGGCUUUGGGCUCAUGGCCAGAACUUGUUCCCAAUGGCUGCGAGAGACACUUGUCAUGCCUAGCGUAUUUGGAAGGGAUUUUGGCUUUGACCACUCUUCGCCAUUGUGGGCCCUGCAUUACAGAGCUGCAGUGGUUUACCACCAUGGACGAGGUGAAUGAGAACGUGAUCCGGUGGAUCCGUUGGCUUUGGCACCGCGGUGCUUACACAGUUCCACCUCCUUGGGAAGGGCCAUCUGCCGCUGCUCGCGUGCAGCCUACGGCGAACACCAACGCAGCCGGAGCCUUUGCAGGUCCGGAACGUGGGGCAGCAGAGGAUGGCACAGGAGCUACUUCACUUCUCAGGAAUUUAGCUGCAGCUUGGGGGCCCCAAAAGUUUGAAGAAAUGUCGGUGCGGCAAAAACAUUUCGAGAGAAUUUUUGGGGGCUUGGCAGAUUUGCCAAUCAUGAAGGGCAGAGGAAUGAGAGGCGUGAAGGUCAAGGCUCACCCUGAUGACUUCCGUGGUCGCCGAAGUCACCUCCGUUUCUAUAUGUAUGAGCUGCCAUCAGCUGUACAUGGCAAAUUGUUGGAACACCUUCAUGGAGAGGUACGGGAGAAAGAAUCCAACCCCGCAAUCUGCAAUUUGGGCCUCUCACCCUGCCUGGAAACACACAACACCAAAGGAAUCUUCAACGGCCUUCGGCCAUUUGUUGCGGAAGCCACCUUCUUAGCCAAGCUCCUAGCAGGACCAGACGAGAUCUUCGUGGAGAAUCCUGAUGAGGCCUCAUAUUUCGUUGUGCCAUUCCUGUCCUCCAUGUGGUGUACCUUGAGUGCUCCCUUUUGCUGGGUUCGAUGUUCAGCUCAAAGACCACUGAAUGCGCUUCUUCCCCUUUUGACAUUUUACAAUGCCUCCACGGCGCAUCGACAUCUCUUCCUUGGCUCAGACUCAGUUAGCGACUUAUCCCAAGAUCUUCAGAUGCAACCACUGGUUCUUCACUACGGCCCAUCCCCUUGUGGCAGCGAUGGGUCAGCCUUUGGACCUCUCAUCACCCCUCCAACUAUCACAGAUGAUCUUCCAUCAUUGGGGCGCUGGGAGUUUGCUUCGAAAGAUCUCUUGCUUUUCAUGGCCGAUGGCGUUGCAGAGCGCCCCUUUAGGGCCGAGGUGCUCGGGGAGCUUGAGAAAUGGCAACGUCGUUUGCCGCAUUUGUUCGCGGUCUCCAGGCGUGAACAAGGAAGCCACGGGGAAAAUGUCAAGAAGGGAGGUUCCCCAAGUUUACCUUCUGAAGUCAUUUGGGCGGAAGAAAUGCGAAGAGCGCUGUUCUGUCCCGUUAUGCCAGGGGAUAACACCUUCCGAAUGCGAUUGUUCCAUGCAGUUUUGGUGGGAUGCAUUCCUGUCGUUAUACUUUUUCCUGGUGGCGGCUGGUAUCGGAACAUGGGGCCACCAGUAAAUGCAAGCUUGCCAUUUCCAGAACGAAUUGCUUGGAGCCAGUUGAGCGUUGAACUCCCUUUCGAUCCGAAGACGCAGCGAAUCUCUGAUUGGGCGAAGAAGUUGGUGCCAAAAUUGUUGCGGGUGAACAUUCAUGAGCUCUACCGCAAGCAGCAGUUGAUCUCCAAAGCUGCGCCCCUGUUGCAAUUUGAUUUUCACGGCCAUCAGCCCGAUGCCUUCACUGCCCUCAUGGACGAGCUGGCCGAUCGCCCGCUUCAGCCACCAGAGUACAUGGAUUGCUUUGACCCCCGAGAACGCUUCCAGACAGAACAAUGCCGCUCGGGCACGGAACAUUUGGCCCGCGAAGAACUGGAGAUCUAUGGUGUGGUUGCCUGUUGCCCCAGGUGGACCAAGACUGCAAAACACCCAAAGCAGCCAACUACUCAGGCCAACCAACCUUGCAACAUUAACAUUGGUGAUCCAGAUGGAGUAUGCAUCAGUUUUACCGCAGAUAGCAAGGCAGACGAGCACCCUAAACGACGAGCGAAUUUGAAAGCUCACUUGGAGGCGAUGUUUAUCAGCAAGAAGCGCUUUGAGGAGGUGCUUGAAGAAGAUCAAGAGUGCAUCAAGUGA